AUGGGAGACAAGACUGAGCUGGCCCUGGACUUAAGAUCCCAUUGUCAUGAGAAGAGGGUCGGGCAGUGGGUGAACGGCUGUUCCACCUGCGACAGGAGACGAGGAGCGUGCAGGACUUUGCCCUGGAGUUCAGGACCUUGGCAGCAGGAGCGGAACGACAGGGCUUUGAUAGACCACCACAGAUGUAGCCUCAGGGAGGACGUUCGCAGGGAGCUAGCGUGUCAGGACACCACCUUCACCUUGGAUGAACUCAUAGACAUGUCCAUUCGUCUGGACAACCUUCUGGCUGCCUGCGGGCAUCCGGAACAGGCCCUAUCGUUUCCACCCCCAGGCCCUCCUGCUCCCAUCCCCAUGGAGUGGGAGCCGCACCGAAGGAGGAGUUCCCUGCUGCACCAGUUGUGGUCGGCGAGGACACACGGCCGACCGGUGCUGGAGGAGCUCGUCUGGGAGUCGGGAGGGCAGGCGGAGCACUACUCGGUCACCCCAGAAGGGGGACCAGUCCGUCUGCCGAAGACGGAGAGUGGUCGACCGCGAGCCGAGACAGACGAGACUGCGAGGGCGACCAAGCAGAUUUUGGGUUGUGAGUUCGACUCCGGAUCCGGGGACGAGCAGAUCCAGCAAUCCGCAUCUUGCCAUGAUCCCGAGGAUUUUAAUCAUGCCUCUCUGUCUGUGUGUGAGUGCAGGCAGGCUGACAAUGAUUUCCUCAGUGAUUACGUACAGAGCGAGUCCCUGCGGGGUAGGGGCCCCCUCUGGAGCCAUCCUGAUGGCUUUGGGGGCCUUGCUUCCAUUUUCCAUUAUUAUGUGGACUACCGGAGCGACAGCGCAGUCCAAGACCUUGCAGUAGAAGACAAUGUGAUAGAGGAGCAGCACAGUCCUGGGCAGACUGCCAUUCCGAGCGAUCCAGAGUGCGCCCUCGAGAGCGGACUGGAGGAUGGUGAGGCUGAGGCCGGGUCCAGGCGUUUGAGGAAGAGGCUUCUCUCUCCAGAGGAAGGCGAGGAGGAGGAGGACGAGGAGGCCGCGCUGCACAGCUGCGACAGCUGCCAGCAGGUGUUCGAGUCGCUGAGUGAUCUCACCGAACACAAGAUUAAUCAAUGCCAGCUGACAGGUAAACAACGCUCAGCCCACCGAGCUUCCCUUCCCUCUCCACCAGUCAGUUCUAUCUCCCCCAAUCCAGUCUACCCACUGGAGAAAACCAUAGGAAUCCAUAGUGAGCUGUGUACUUCACCACACAGCCUGUAAUUGACUGCAGCACUAGUCUACCUUAGAUGAACAUUGCAUACCAUGAAAUAGGUGGAUUUCCAGUAUGACACACUCACAAAAACUCUAUUUUUUUGCAUGCAUUAUAUGG